AUGUCCGCGCCAGACUUGGAAAUGCGGAUAGGCCUGCACUUCGGCAAGUUCAUUGGCGGUGUUAUUGCUACAACGAAGAUCAACUAUGAUAUCUUUGGUGUUGACGUGACCAUCGCAAAUCAAGUCGAAACAGCCGGUAUACCUGGAAAGAUAGUCGCAUCAGACUCCCUCCGACGAUAUCUCACUCAUCAUUUUCCGGGGAAAUACAGAUUUCGCUGGCAUGGAACGAUAGAGAUCCUUGUGCCGAUCGACUCCAAGAAUCAAGACCCCGAGUACAGUCAAGGUGUUGUCCCCAGUCAGCUCAACAUCUAUGAGAUAUGCAUGAGUAAGAUCCAGUGA